GUUGUGUUUUGUUAAAUGUAAAGAAAUGAGUUUCUACCCUGAGCAGUUAAAGCAUGUUUAACUACAUUCAUCCACUGACACACAGUUAUGCCUAAUGGUCUCUCAAACACACUCAUACACAUACAGACAAGCAUCAAGAGCAAUUUGGUGUUCAGGAUCUGACCUUCUGCCGGCAGAUCAUUUGCUUUACCUCCUGAGCCACAGCUGCCUUUUCACACUGAAUGGUGCAGUUAACUAAAAUCACUCACUGUGUGGUUAAUUGUACCCAUCCAAAGUGUUUGUGCAGCAGGAUCUGUGUCUGUGGUAAACAAGUAAACAAUCUGCCUUUUCUUCUGUCUUUGAUGGCAUUCAUAACAUUUAUGUAUGCAGUUCACUAACCAAGCAGUCUACCAGUAGCUCCUAGCGUGGCAUUGCAUCCUCUCUUCCAAGUCGACUCAUUUCUAGCUCCAAAAACCAACAUGGCAGCAACCAAAACGCUCCAAAAAGCAGUUUGUUUACAGUCUGUGCUUCAAGCUUUGCUGCUUUUCAGUUUGAGCUCAGCCGUCAGGUAUUUUAUGUUGUGAUCACAUUUUGUCUCUUUAAUCUCAAUGUAAUGAUGCAUGCAUGUAUGUAGGUCUGUAUGUACCCUUCCUCCUUCUUGGCUGGUGGGCCAGUCUCAAAAAAGCUUUGCACAAACAUGCAUCAACACGCAGUGGUUAUUAACAUCUUUUCAUUUUCAUCAUCACCCUGUUGUUGUGUGUGCUGGUAAAAAUAAUAAUAAUUCAAUAAAAAUGUACCUUUUUGUUUAUUCUCAGUGUGCAGAGCUCUGCUGGACAUUCUCCUCAUCCCGUGCUCUGCCGCUGCAGCGCCCCCUACUGUGCUGAAUGGAUCCUGAAGCCGGCCGGCUGCCAGCCCAGGUCCUGGGAGAGAACGAGGCGCUGCAGCAGUUCUUCAAUGGUCAGGAUGUGAGCGGUGUGUUGGACAGCUCUGUCACUGUUGACACGAGCAUGCUGGAGCAAUACCUCAGUAACGAUGUGGACCCCAUCAGCUUCAUGCUGCCCGAGUCUCCUCCUGAUUCAAGCUCAGAGGCCUGGUCACCUGCACAGAUUCCAGGGAACCUCCGCUACAUGUCAUCCUAUUGGUCCAACCAGCCAACCACGCAGGAGGCAUUUCAACCCACAAAUACAUCUGCUGCUUCCUCCUCCUGUCGCUUUAAGGGUCGACGGCCUGCCCCCCCCAACCCCAGCGAGCUGACUCAUGAUCAGCUUUGUACUUUGGGACUCACAAACACUUAUAUCAAGUCUGGGACUCCACCUGCCCAUCCUGCUCCACCUGGACCACCUGGACCACCUGCUCUUCUGCAGCAGCACCACACACAUAACUCACCUGGACAAUCAAGCUAUCUAAGUCCAGAGAACUAUUCGCACUCUUACACCCCACCCACACCUCCUUCUCCACCUUUACCACCUUCAAACAGCUACACCACAGCCUGCACUGGACCAGGCUUGCUCCCAAAUCUAACCACACCCUCUCCAACCCAUAUGCUGGGCUCUGCCUCCACACUACAAACCUGCACCUUAGAGAGUAAAAAAAGGAGGAGAUCAGAGUCUGAGGAACCAUCUGCAGGAGUUGGCACCUCCUGCUCUGAAGGUGAAGGAACUCAUGGUGGUGUGGGGAGCACUGCAAGUGUUGGUGGAAUGGGUGUGGGAUCCUAUCAACUACUAUCUUGGGAACAGUACAGGCCAGAACAGUGGACCACUUUGCACGACAGCAACUACCAGACACUGUCUCCUCCUGCCUACCACGUUGAUACAGAUAAAGGCUUCAACUACUCCACAGCUGACGAGUCCUUUGUUUGCCAAAAGAAGAACCACUUUCAGGUCACUAUUCACAUUGGUGUGGAUGCAGAGCCACAGUACAUCAAAACUGCCAGUGGGCCACAGGAAAUCGACUUUUUCCAGAUAAAAGUGUUUGGGGUUAAGCUGGAAACUCCAAGUCACCUUGUGACCAUUGAGCAAUCUCAACCUGACCGCAGCAAAAAACCCUUUCAUCCAGUCAGGGUCAGUCUACCCGGUGGCAAAAUGACCAGAGUAACACUUGGCCGACUGCACUUCAGCGAGACAACGGCCAACAACAUGCGAAAAAAAGGCAAACCAAACCCUGACCAGAGGUAUUUUCAGAUGGUGGUUGGUCUGUAUGCUGUAGUUAAAGAUGAGAGUUUUCUCCUGACAGCUUUGGUGUCGGAGAAGAUUAUUGUCAGGGCUUCUAACCCUGGUCAGUUUGAGACAGAUGGGGACACCAUGUGGCAGCGCGGGGUGGUGCAGGAAGCUUUGGUCUGUCAGGGUCGGGUGGGCAUCAACACCGACUCCCCUGAUGAGGCGCUGGUUGUCUGUGGUAAUGCCAAAGUGAUGGGCACCAUCAUGCAGCCAUCUGACUGUCGCGCUAAGGAGAACAUUCAACAGGUCGACUCUGAGCAGCAGCUGAAGAGAAUUAAUCAGAUGAAGAUAGUCGAGUUUGAUUAUAAGCCGGAGUUUGCUUCCAAAAUGGGAAUAGAUCACACCCACCAGACAGGUAUUAUAGCUCAGGAGGUGAAAGAGCUGCUGCCGUCUGCAGUGAAAGACGUUGGAAAUGUCAUCUGUUCUGAUGGAGAGAAGAUUAAUAACUUCCUCAUGGUGGACAAGGAGCAGAUCUUCAUGGAAAAUGUGGGAGCAGUGCAGCAGCUGUCAAAGCUCACUGACAAUCUGGAAACUCGUAUCAACGAACUUGAGGUCUGGAACCGUCGACUGGCAAAGCUGAAGAGCCUGACGGGUAGCCUACGAUCCACUGGGAGACCUCAGAAACACAGCAGCAUGUCGACAAUAUCAAUACCUGACGCAUGUAAGACUGAAAAAGUGCAAAGGGAGGACAAAAGUCACAAAUACAGACGGUGCCUGCGGCAUAAGGUCUUCCAGAUAAGCGUCUUCGCUCUGCUGGCCACUAUGGCUUUCUGUGUCAUCUCCAUCACCACUCUAUACCUAGUAAACUUGAAGGAGGAAGAUUUUGGAACCAUUCCUGGAAACAGGUAAACAAUAAAAGCUUUCAUAGGGAUUCCUCGUCACUGAAAAAGUUCCAAGUCACCAUCAUGACAUAUUAGACACACUAAGGCAGUGGUCCCCAAACAAUUUUUGCUAGCCCCCUCCCCCCGGUCACUUCAUGUGCAGCACAUUUUUGUUUUUGUUUGUUUGAAACCUACUGUGCAUUUAUUUGAUUCCUUCCGAAAGAAUCAUUCUCAGGCUGGUUAAACUUCCAGUGGAUUUUAGAACUUUCACAGAGAAAAUAAUGGAAACCAGACCAUAACAGAUUGAUAACUAUCCUCAUGUUGUAGAUAGGUCAUCUCAGAGAUUCACCUGAUAUUCUCUUGGCUGUUCUGAUUGUUCUGAUUGUUUUUGACAUAUUUAUGCUUUAUGAUGACAUUUGUCUCAAUAUGGAUAUUUAUUGAGAGCAAUUUUACCCUCUUCUCUUAUGUUAGCCUUGCCAUUGUUCCGGAACUAGC